AUGUCUGACGCCGUCUGGAUUCAGGUGACCAACACCACUGGAACCUUUGGACUAGUCUUAUCCAUCUCCUCGAAUUGUACCCUCCUUGCACUAAUGAUGUGUAAAAUGUCGCCGGUAAAAGGUGCCUAUAAAAAUAUUCUUAUAUUUUUCUGCGCCUUCACCAUGUUUUAUUCGUUUGUCGAGUUGUUCCUCCGCCCGAUUAUUCAUAUCUAUGACGACACACUUUUUGUGAUGCAGAGGAAGUGGUUUGAAAUGUCGGCGAUGGUUUCUCAUCUCACCACAACAAUGUACUGCGGGUGCUACGCCAUGAGUUUUGUCCUGUUUGCUCUCCAAUUUCUAUAUCGCUACGUGGCAACCUGUAAGCCUCUAUACACCGAUUUAUUUCAAGGUGUACGCUUUGUUUUCUGGAUUUUCGGUGCAUUUUGUGUGGCUCUUAGUUGGGAAGCGGCGGCGUUCUUCUUGUUCCCACAGAGCUCACGGACCCAAAAAAUGUUUCUUCAUAUCGUGAAGCAUUCUUACGGUCUGGACCCCAAUUUUGUGGAUUAUGUGCCUUAUCGAUAUUUCGAAAACGAUGAGGGUGUCCGGAGAAUCAUUAUGAUAAAUAUUGUUGGGAUUAUACAGCAUGUCAUAAUUAUGGCGAUUUCCUUUGGGACAUUGCUCUACUGCGCCUUUAAAACAUAUUCAACGAUUAGUCAGCAUAAGGGGAUGUCGGUGAAGACGAAGGAGCUGCAAAUGCAACUUUUUAGGGCGUUGGUGGUGCAGGCCACAAUCCCCACUAUCUUUAUGUACAUUCCCCUCCUCUUCCUCUACGCCUGCCCGCUAUUCAACUUUCAACUCGGACCCCUCGCCAACUACCAAACAAUCAUGGGGCAGUUAUAUCCAGGUGUCGACCCACUCGCCGUUUUAUUCCUUAUCACGGCGUACCGAAAAACUUUGUGCAGUUUGGUGUGUCUACGCCCGUCUACUUGGAGAUCGUCGUCUACGGAUUCUCAGAAUUAUGAGGUGACUCCAAGAAGACCGAGGAGCUCAACAGUCAGUCCGAGGAUAUAG